AUGUCGGCAGCACAACUCCUCAACCCCAAGGCGGAAUCGAGACGACGAGGGGAGGCUCUGAAAGUCAACAUCUCUGCAGGUGAAGGUCUGCAAGAUGUGUUGGCCUCCAACCUGGGACCCACUGGCACAUUGAAGAUGUUGGUCGACGGUGCAGGCGGCAUCAAGCUCACAAAGGACGGUAGCGUGCUGUUGAAGGAGAUGCAGAUCCAGAACCCCACGGCAGUCAUGAUCGCGCGAGCAGCAACAGCACAGGACGAGAUUUGCGGAGAUGGCACAACGAGCGUGGUGCUUAUGGUGGGAGAGCUCUUGAAGCAGGCAGAUCGAUACAUCAGCGAAGGUCUCCACCCCAGAGUCAUCACAGACGGCUACGAGGUCGCAAAGAACGAGACACUGCGCUUCCUGGACGACUUCAAACUGGCGAGAGAGGUGGACAGAGAGCUUCUGCUUUCGGUGGCCAGGACAUCGCUCUCCACCAAGAUCAACAGCACCCUCGCCGAACAGCUCACACCAGAUAUCGUCGAUGCCGUGCUUGCCAUCUACCAGGCACCUGCAAAGCCAGAUCUGCACAUGGUCGAGAUUAUGACGAUGCAGCACCGAACAGCGGCAGACACACAGCUCAUUCGUGGCCUUGCACUAGAUCACGGCGCCAGACAUCCCGACAUGGCCAAGGACGUCAAGGACGCAUACAUCUUGACAUUGAACGUCAGCUUGGAGUACGAGAAGAGCGAGAUCAACAGUGGUUUCUACUACAACAGCGCCGAGCAGAGAGAAAAGCUGGUCGAGAGCGAGCGGAGGUUCGUCGACGACAAGCUCCGUAAGAUUGUCGAGCUGAAGAAGGAGGUCUGUGGCGACGACCCAAAGAAGGGCUUUGUUAUCAUCAACCAGAAGGGCAUCGACCCACUGUCUCUUGAUGUCCUUGUCAAGAACGGCAUCUUUGCACUGCGACGAGCGAAGAGGAGGAACAUGGAGAGGUUACAACUCAUCUGCGGUGGUACAGCACAAAACAGCGUGGACGACUUGACACCAGAUGUGCUUGGCUGGGCAGGCCACGUCUACGAGCACCAGCUUGGUGAGGAGAAGUACACAUUCAUCGAGGAGGUCAAGGAGCCAAAGUCGGUCACAAUCCUGAUCAAGGGACCAAACGCACACACCAUCACACAGAUCAAGGACGCAGUAAGAGACGGUCUCAGAUCAGUCUACAACAUGAUCGUGGACAAGAGUGUCGUGCCAGGAGGAGGUGCUUUCCAGGUUGCUGCUGCGCGACAGCUAAACUCAGACGACUUCCGCAAGCAAGUGAAGGGCAAGGCGAAGUGGGGUGUGUCAGCAUUCGCAGAUGCGCUUCUGAUCGUACCCAAGACGUUAGCAGCGAACAGCGGUCACGACAUCCAGGACUGCUUGGCAACACUACAGGACGAGCACGCAGAUGGAAACGUUGCUGGACUCGAUCUGACCACCGGCGAGCCAAUGGAUCCAGUGCAGCAGGGUGUGUACGACAGCUUCAGAGUACUCAGGAACGCCAUUGCAAGCUCGACAGGUAUUGCAUCGAAUUUGUUGCUGUGCGAUGAGAUGCUCAAGGCGCGGCAAAUGGGCAAGUCAGGGCCUCCAGGAGGCGGUGAUGGAGGCGAGGAGUAG